AUGGCCAAAACUUCAACCCUGGUCGUGGUAAUUUCAAUCACGGGCGGGGCGGGUUUCAGCCGCGUGGUGGAUAUGGCGCUGCGGGGCGCGGAGCUUAUGGAGCGCGAGGCCGUCAAGGGCAGCGCGGCCGGGGUGGUCAAGGUGCAGGACCGGGGAAUGGAGGCCGAGUUGGUCAGGCUGCCGGGAAUUCCUUCGGCCGUAAUUUUGGCCGCGGAGAUGCUGGUGGUGCUGCUGGUUUCGCCGGCGGUCAAGGUUUUCAGGAUGAAAAUUGGGGUGCUGGCCCUAAACCGCUUUGGCGCUACCGUGCAUGGAGGGGGGGCACGAGGAGGUAUUGACGCUGAGUUGCUCAAACAGACGGUGCAUGAAGUGGUAGCAGCAGUAACAGCGGCGCAGAAGAAGCCAGUGGCUGAGGAGGGAGCACAGGUUAACACUACUAUUUUGUCUGAGGCUGGGGCGGCGGCCCGAGAUGCCGUGGUGUCGGUUGCGACACCUACGGUAGGACAACAGCAAGAUGUGGUUGCUCAGCAGGCAGGAUCUGAUCCUAAGAACACAACGUCAAAGGGGAAGGAGGAUGAGGGGCAAGGUCCUUCAAAGAAGAAGAAAGAAGAGAAGAAUGGAUGUUUCAGAUCCAAAAUGGAAAAUCCUAGAUUAGCUAAGGUUACUGUUGAUGGUGAUGCCAUGACUAUUCCCGAGAUUAUUGAACAGAUGAAGAAAAUUGUUCCUCAUGAGAAGUUUAAUUGGGAGGUUUUUCACUUCAAAGACAAUAUCUAUAGAGUCAAGUUACCUAGCAAGUUGGAAGUUCAGAGGUUGAAGAACUUUGGAACCUACAUUUGCACUGACAGAGAAUCUUGUUUAUCUUUUGAUCUUUGGAGGGGUUUUUUCAAGCUAAAAUUUGAGGUCGAGAAUGCCCAGGGGUCUCAAGAGGAGACUAUGGUUGAAGCUAGCAAUGACAAUGAUGGUAAUGAUGGUAAUGACGAUGCUAAAGAUGGUAAUGGAAAGAAUGGUGAUGAUAAUGCUAUGGACAUGGAUCCUAAGAAAAAUGAGGCGGGUGAUACAUCGAGUGCUAGGGGGACUGGUGGAUCAAUUGGGACAAAUGAAGGUGAACGGAUGCAAGAACAAAUUGAGCAUUUUGAUGCAAUUCAAAUUGGUUCAAUGAGUGUGCAACUUUCUCCGAAAGUUUCCAUGCCUGGAGGAUCUGUUUUGGGAUCACCACCAGUCAGGUCUCGGAAUCAGCGUGCUGAGGUUGUCUCGCAUGGCUGCAGUUCUGUGCCUGCCAGCCUGAUGGAGCAGCGCGGCCAAAGCAAGGCGGGCCUGUCCGUGCUCGCCACGUCGGGAGAUGCUGCUGGUGGAACCAGAAGCUGCGCAGCGGACAGGGAUCGAUCCCCUUUUGGCCAACCAGCUACCGACGCGAGGGCGAAUGGGGAGGGGAAGAAAGCAGCAUGCGGGCUGCAGCAGCUGGCUCCCUGUGUCUCGGUCGGCCACGCGCGGGUGGAGGCCGGAUCUUCUGUGGAUGGUGGCUUUGAGCAGACUGUGCCCGGCCAGUCUUUCUCGCCGCAGAGGAUCCGACAGAGCUGUUCGGAGGGUCCCAGGCUGACUGCACAGUAUCCAGGUACUCAGGAUCACAUGAUUGCAACAGAUUGGCCAUCAUUGGAGAUUCCUGGCAGAUCUUCUGUGGGUGCCAAUGCUGUAGCUAAUGGUUUGCCGAAGGAUAUCAAGGAGGGUGUGGGGAAUAAUGUGAUGAGGAAUGUAUCAAUGGAGCAUGGGGUAGGUCUUACGUCGAUGGGGAUUGCCUCAUCUCCGAAGCCUAAUGAGGAAGUUAUUGCUUUUGGGGGGAUUCCUAAGCCUUCGACUGAGCUGAGGUCAAGUUCUAGGUUGGGUGGCCAAUCUAAUGCGGAUAUACCUCUAUUGGAAAAGGCUAUGAAGAAUGCGCAACUUCAAGAUGAUUCUCUUAAGACAAGGGGCAUUCUAGUGGGAAUAAACUCUGAUACUUUACAAGUUUCAAAAGUAAGCACAGGAGAUUUCUGUGUUAAGAUGCAUAUUAAAUGUAAGAGAGAUGGUUUUGAGUGGGUUCUGGUGCCGGUUUAUGGGGCUGCCCAAGACAUGCACAAAGCAGAAUUUCUGUCGGAGUUGGUGCGAACAUGUGAAUCUGAAACAUUACCUAUGUUGGUAGGGGGUGAUUUUAAUAUUAUACGCACUAGGGAGGAGAAAAAUAAUGCUAAUUUCAAAGCGCGUUGGCCCUUUGUUUUUAAUGCAAUCAUUGAACAUUUGAAUCUAAGGGAAAUUUCUCUAACGGGAAGACAAUUUACAUGGGCAAGUCGACGAGAAAAACCUACUUAUGAGAAGCUAGAUAGAGUACUAGCAUCAAUAUCGUGGGAACAGAAAUUUCCAUUGGUAACGGUUAGAGCCUUAACUAGAGCUGAUUCUGAUCAUACUCCAAUACUGAUUGAUUCUGGGAGGCUUGACUUAAAAGCAGAAACAACUUUGUUGAAUACGAAUGAAAGGGAGGAGUUCAAAAAGGCUAAUGAUUCUUUGAAUAAAUUAAGAAGAGAAGAGGAGUCUAAAUGGGCCCAAAGGGCGAAAGUUAAGCAUAUUCAAGAAGGGGGGAAUAAUACAAGAUAUUUCCAUCUUAUAGCAAAUGGCAAACACCGAAAAAAGAAAAUCUUCCAGUUAGAACAACAGGAGGGAACUAUUGUUGGAGAUGACAAUUUGAAGGUGUAUAUUACUGAAUUCUACAAGAAAUUGUUUGGUGCACCGGCAUCAACCAAUAUUUCUCUUGUUGAAAAUGAUUUUCAGGAUAUUACACAGAUCUCACCAUUGGAGAAUGAGAUCUUGACAGCUCCUUUUACUGAAAAAGAGGUGUUCGAGGCGGUUUCUCAAAUGGAGUUGAAUAAAGCUCCUGGACCAGAUGGUUUCCCAGCUGAGUUUUACCAAAAAUUUUGGGAUGUAAUUAAAAAGGAUUUGAUGGCUUUGUUUUCCCAGUUUAGUAAUGGGGAUUUGCCCCUAUACAAACUGAAUUUUGGUGUUAUUACUUUAUUACCAAAAAAGGAGAAUGCUGUCCAAAUUCAACAAUACAGGCCUAUAUGUUUACUCAAUGUUUGUUUCAAAAUUUUUACUAAAGUUGGCACUAAUCGUAUCUCGGGGAUUGCCCCAAGAGUCAUUAAACCAACCCAAUCGGCUUUUAUGCCGGGGAGAAACAUUUUGGAAGGGGUAGUGAUACUCCAUGAAACGAUUCAUGAGUUACAUACUAAAAAACUGGAUGGAGUAUUAUUUAAAAUUGAUUUUGAAAAGGCCUAUGAUAAGGUUAAAUGGCCUUUUUUGCAACAAACUCUGAGGAUGAAGGGUUUUGAUCCAGAAUGGGGAAGGGCAGUGCAACAGUUUGUCCAGGGGGGUAGUGUUGGUGUCAAGGUAAAUGAUGAUAUUGGUCAUUAUUUUCAGACAAAGAAAGGUCUAAGGCAAGGGGACCCUUUAUCCCCAAUGCUUUUUAAUAUUGUAGUGGAUAUGCUUGCCAUCCUAAUUGAAAGAGCAAAAGGAGAUGGUCAAGUUGGGGGGUUAAUUCCACAUUUAGUUGAGGGAGGACUCUCUAUAUUACAAUACGCUGAUGACACUAUCCUUUUCCUGGAACAUGAUCUUGACAAAGCGGUUAAUAUGAAAUUAAUUUUAUGUAUUUUCGAAGAACUAUCGGGACUUAAGAUUAAUUUUCACAAGAGUGAGAUUUUUUGUUUUGGAAAGGCAAAGGAGGAAGAGGAUCAGUAUAGGCAUAUCUUUGGAUGUGAUGCUGGACAGCUCCCCUUUAGAUACUUAGGUAUUCCAAUCCAUUACAAAAAACUCAAGAACUCGGAUUGGUAUCCGGUUGAAACACGGUUUGAGAGUAAAUUAGGAUGCUGGAAAGGGAAGUUACUAUCCUAUGGUGAUAGGUUAGUUCUUAUUAAUUCAGUAUUAACUAGCUUACCGAUGUUUAUGUUGUCUUUCCUUCGAAUACCUGUUGGGGUGAGGAAACGUUUGGACUUCUAUAGAUCCAGAUUCUUUUGGCAGUCCGACGAAAACAAAAAAAAGUACCGCCUUACAAAAUGGAAUAUUGUGUGCCGACCAAAAGACCAGGGGGGUUUAGGUAUUGAGGUACUCGAAAUUAAGAACAGAUGCUUAUUGAGCAAGUGGCUCUUUAAACUUCUUAACGAAAAUGGAGUGUGGCAAGAAUUGCUUCAUAAUAAAUACCUAGCACACAAGACAUUAUCUCAGGUAGAGGCCAAGCCUACUGAUUCUCCUUUUUGGAAAGGAUUGAUGGAGGUAAAACAUGAGUUUUUUCAAAGGGGAUCUUUCAAAGUGGGUAAUGGUAUGGCCAUCCGCUUUUGGGAAGAUACCUGUUAA